CAAGUCAAAUUAAUCCUCCUUCCUCAACAAUUCAACAUUUGCAAACCCCAUCCAAAACCCUAAACGCUUCGAGAGUCACACUCACUCACUGAUUUAUCGGCAAAAAGAAAUGGCCAGCGCCUCGUCAGAUUACGGCGGCGGCGCUCUAGUUCCGAUUUCACCGGAGUCCCAAGUUGCGGCGGUGUAUCCUCUCCACCAUGGCCUCAAGUAUCCUAUCUCUAGACUCUCCAUCUCUUGGUCUCGCGGCAACUCCCUCCGCGUAUCGGUUUUCGCUUCCCCUCCAUCCGGAGACUCCGUCGAAGACGAUGCAGGAGGAAAAGUAGUGGAAGUGAAGCUCGGCGGAGACGGCGAGAUCAGCGACGCUCAUUGGCGGAGGAUCGCCUACGAUUCGGUCUCUCCUUUCGCUCUACUCCAAAGCAGGAAAAAUGCUGUCUCUAGCUUGUCGAAAAUGUCCAUGAAUUCACCAUACGAUGCUGACUGGUGGGAUUACAUAAUGGAAUACAGCAAAGACAUAAAUGCCCUUCUUGGUAGCCAGAUAUCUGCUUCAGUUCCGCUUAUUGACGACCCAAAGUCAGUCAUAAAUAAAGGAGAGGAACCGACUAGUUUAAAGGCUGCGUGGGAGCUAUUGGAAAUGUUUUAUGCAGAAAAUCCAUCUCAUUCAUGGUUACCUGAACGCUUUGUUGAUUGGUUAGCUGAUUAUGAUAGCCUUUUCUCGGGAACACACCCAACAGUGCACUCAAAGCUUGUUGAUUUUCAAAAAGACCUUGUAAACUUGCAGGUUGUGGAAGAUGAUCCCAAAUACUGGGAAGUUAUAUCAUCAGCAUUAGCUGUUGGUUGGCUGGAUAUUGUGGUUAAGAUGCUGCGUUUGCAUGGAUCUUAUCGAUUCGAUCAACUCAGCAAUCGUGAGACAGAGAAUGGACUUGUAGAGGCAGUUGCUGUUCUCAUUUCAAAAAUGCCACGAAUGCGAUUGGAUCAAGAAGCUGGGAAAUUGGGUGAAUGCUUUAAGGCCAAGCCUGAUUUUGUGAAGGCAUGGGAGAAAUGGCGUGGACAGAUAAGUAAACUGGAUUCAAGUGCAUUCUGGUUUCAGUGUGCUCAUCAGCAGACUCGGGAGGGCUUGAGAAGUAUGUUACAAAUAAUGCUGGGUAAUGCUAAUAGUCUCUGCUCUGCAACAUUCCAUUGGAUAGAGCUGUAUAUUUCUCACUUGCUAUAUCGGCCAUUAACAGUGGGGUUAGAAAGCAUGUACGGCUUGGCACAGAAAAGCAUUCAAUUGAAACCAAUGGCCUCUGCACAUAGGUUGAUGGGGCUUAUAAUAGGAAUUAUUGGGGAAAAUACUGAGGUUGUUUUAGCAGAAUGCUCGAAAGGAUUUGGUCCUUGGAUGGUUGCGCAUGCCAUGGAGUUAUUAACUGCUAGGAGUGACCAUGCAGAAAUGCUUUUACAUGAAGAGCGUCAGAACUUGGGGGGAAUAAGCAUAGAGGAGCUUCAUCGACUUAUUUAUGCUCAAGUUCUAUCCUCACAUCCACUAACUUGGCAAAUUGCUCCAAUUUAUCUUAUAUCAUGCAUGAAGCAUGGGAUGGUUCUGUUACAGAUAUUAUUGUCCAAGCAGCCUGUUCAAGAUAAUCAGUUAAUGCUGAAGAGCAUAGAGAUUUGCCGCCUUUACGAACUCCGCAGCAUAACUUCAAAUAUUAUGAAGAUUGCUGGAGUACACCACUGGAAGCAUGGUCGGAAAGGUUGUGGAGUGUUUUGGCUUCAGCAAGCUCGGGAUGAAUAUCGUCUUAAUAGGAUAGCUCAGCAAUUGUUUGAUUCAGUUGGAAAAUCAAUAUCUGAUGAGAGUUUCAAGCAAUGGGAAGGGUUAAUUCAGUUAUUGGGUUCGGAUUCUAAGACUGCUGGUGGACUAGAGUUCCUGCACAAAUAUCGAGACUUCAAGAAAUCACUUCUGCAUGUUUAUGAUGGAAAAACUACAGAUGCUGCUCGGCAGGCUGUGGAAUCUCUUAUAUCGCUUAUGAAAAACCCUUCUACACCUCAACGCUUUUACCUGCCUCUUCUUUAUGAUUCGUUGAAGUUGCUUAAUUGGAAGGAUCGUCCUUUGUUGAACGUGUCUCAGACAAAUCUUCUGUUAACUAAACUACGAUUGUCUAUGGCAAGGCUUCGGCCGGAUUUCGUAGAAUCCGAGUCCACCCAGGCCUUGAACUCUGUUAGACUUGCACUUGCCAUGAAUCUGGGACGUGCAAUCCUAGAGGAAUGAGGCCUUCCAUGUAUGCCUGAAGAAUAUCCAUUGAAAUCCACCUCUAAAAAUCACCAGGUUUGAGAUUUAUCAGAAGCAAACCCUACCUUGCGUAUCCAGAGAAGAUAAAAAACACCAUUGUUAUAUUAUCAUAGUAUAUAUUAUCAU